CGAUGAAGCCUUCGGGGGCGCAGGAGGUAUCCCCGUUUCGAAGAUGAACGUGAAAGGCCUUGCUCGAUUUAAGAACAAGUCGGCCAAGGAUCCGAAGGGGUCGGAUGCGGGCGGCCAGAAGCCCGUUGGUGCGUUAUUCAAGAAGCCCGAGGACGAUGUUGCAGCCGCGAAGAGGAAAACGACGACCAAGGAAUCCCCCCCGGCUACCAAGAGAUCGAAGAAGGGGGACGCCACGAAGAAGGACCCCCCGUUAGUGAUCGUGAAUGAGCAUUCCACCUCCGGGCUGGUCGUGGAUGUGCCGACGGCUGGAAAGCCUGCGGGGACAGAAGAUUUGCCCCCGGAGGUCCUGCAGGUUUCCCUCCCGAGGGGAACAGCCGUGACCAAGUGCACGGUCAACCCGAGGGUGCUCCUGAGGGGCAUGACCCCUGAAACAGAUGGGGCCACCUUCGGAGCUUUAGAUGACGUGGCGCUAGAGGAACAGAUCCUCCGAUCUUCCUUAACUGCUUGCCUUGCCCUCGGCGAACAGGCUCGACGGUUGGAGGAAUGGCGUCUCCACAAAGCUGGGCAAGAUGCAAAGAUGAAGGAGCUCAUUC